AUGGCAUCUGAAAAGUUCAUUGAAGAUGCAUUAAUGAAACAGGUGAAUGAGUCAGAUGUGAAUGCCAUCGUGGGAUCCUUGGAAAGUCAGCUCUCAUCUUCCUCUGUUGCAACUCAGGCAGUGGCAAAUCAUAAUGGUAGCACAGUGAUAUCAAAUGUGAGACCUCCAAAUAACAUAAUUUUGUCUGGGACUCCUAUCUCUUCCUCUAAUGUGGCCACUGGUGAAGCUCCAUCCUCUCGACCUCAUUUAACUGGCUCCCCUAAUUCCAUGAUAGCUUCACAUGUUUCUUCUCUUUCCUCAGCAACAAAUGCCAUUCGUCCAAAUCAGGUCCAAAUUCUGAAUAUGCCCAGCCAAGCUGUAAGAGCCAGUGUUCGCCCUGUAUUGCCUGUUUCUACAACUGCCACAGCAGCUUCCAAGGGACAAUCCAUUAAUGCUCCUGCAGUGGUGAUAGGACCUCAACAAGUUGGAAACAGGCCAAGUGCACCUGGUGCAACCCAGCUCCCUGCACCUGCUCUGCAAGCUUUACAGCAAGGUAGUCAGGGACAUUUCCUCCUAAGGACAGAAAAUGGACAGCUUCAAUUGAUCAGGGUUACUCCAGGAUCUGCGAUAGGGCCUGCAUCAUCUCCAGCCACUGCUGCUGCAGCACCUAAUCCUAAUGCUCCCACUGGCCCUGGAACACCAUAUAGGUUACAAACAGUGCGUCCAGCAGUGGUCAACUCAAUUGCCACACCUAUUGGUACAAGUGUCUCCCCAGCAGGGCAUGUUAGUACAAUCUCCACAGUUCUGACUACAAUUGCUCCUCCAGGAAGUAACACAAUUCAUGCUCAGUCUAUUUCUCCACAGAUGACUCCUGAGACAGCAAAAAUGAAGUGCAAGAACUUCCUAUCCACUCUUCUCCGCCUUGCCAACGAGCAACCUGAGAAUGUUGCUUGCAAUGUCCGCAACCUCAUCCAGGGACUGAUUGAUGCCAAAGUUGGAGCUGAAGAGUUCACACAAAAGUUGCAAAGGGAAUUGAAUUCUUCACCUCAACCGUGCCUUGUUCCAUUCCUCAAGAGAAGUUUACCAUAUCUUAGGUACUCCUUGGCAACAAAGGAACUUGAAAUCAGUGGGUUGAACCCACCUCCCCUUUCUUCUGUGUCAACCGUCCCUGCCGGUGUAGGUGUUGCACCUGUCCCACAGUUACAAAUCACAAGACCAAGUGCAACAGUGCCCCCACAGAUCCGGAUGGUGUCCCCCAGUAUUAUCCAACAGCCUGGUAUGACUCAGCCAAGAGUGGCUUCACCUGUCAGAGUACAAACUAGUGUCGGAAAAACUGGCAGUGCCUCUGCUGUUCCUUCAGCUCCUCUGGUCAAUGGAGUUGCCCUCACGGUCACUCCGCAAAUACAGCCUCCCAGACCUAGUGGUCCUGCCAAACCUCCUGGGAAAGAUAAAGGUGAAAAGAAAGGAACCGGUGCCUUCUCAUCUUCAGGCAUGAGGGAUGAAGAUGACAUCAAUGAUGUUGCUGCAAUGGGUGGAGUGAACUUGCUGGAAGAAUCUCAGCGCAUACUUGGGUCCACAGAAUUCAUUGGGACACAGCUCAGGUCCUGCAAGGAUGAGAUUUUCUUUGAUUCUGAUACUCUACAGAAGCACAUCAGGAACUUGGUGAGGGAAAAGGGAUUGGAAGAACCCGGAUCAGACAUUGUGGCAAUGGUGUCGCAUGCAACGCAGGAACACCUCAAGAAUCUAGUGGAAAAAUUAGCAUUUAUUGCCCAACAUCGGUUGGACAUUAUUCGAAUGGAUAGUGCUCAUGAGCAGAGUAGUGAUGUCAAAGGCCAGAUACGCUUUCUUGAGUUGGUGGAGAAGGCUGAGCAUGAACGUCAUAAGGAACAGGAGAGGGAAAUGCUGCUUCGAGCAGCUAAAUCCAGGUCAAAAGCAGAAGAUCCAGAACAUGCAAAGCUGAAAGCCAAAGCAAAAGAAAUGCAAAGAGCUGAACUUGAGGAACUGCGUCAGAAAGAGGCCAAUCUCACUGCUCUUCAAGCAAUUGGGCCCCGGAAGAAGCCCAAACUUGACACAGCGUCUGUACCCAAUCCUGGUCCCCAACUACCGAUGAGGCCACGCUUAAAACGUGUGACCAUGAGAGACCUGGUGUUCCUGUUAGAACAGGAAAGAAACUCGGUGCGAUCAUCUGAUCUGUACAAACUGCUUUUAAAAUGA